GUCUCAAGUCUACGGGAGCAGAGAAACAAGAUGCUGCUUUCCAAUCCAUGGGCGCCAUUGAGCCCCUUUCAAAUCUGAAAUGGGAAACAGAAGAACCUCGAAAGAUCUACAAAUUCAGUCCCAAGUAUUUUCUGACAAUGGGUCUAACAAACACGAAUAUAAACUUCAUCACACAAAUGGACAAACAAUACCCCUCACGCCUCAUCGAGCGUCAAAAAAUCCACGACACACAUCCCAACUCUCUUAAGUGUCUUCCCACAGCCGUUCCGAUGGUAAACGAAAUAUACACCUUCCUCGUAACCACUUAUCUCCCUCAACGCUACCCCACAAUGUUUACCCUACAAUCACCAUCUCACCUCCUGAACAUCGCCACCAACAAACUAUUGCCAACGAGUCCGCCUCAAGACCCGAUCGAAGCACUUCAUCUCCUCAGUGUGAACAUUGAUGAAGAUUUCCUCAUGCUUCUUCCAGCACCAGAUGGAGAUGGAUAUUCGCUUCAAAGUUUCAUUUGGUGCUAUCCCGUCGGGUUUGAUGCGGGGUCGAAACUUGGGCUGAAGUUAAGAGAAGCGCAUAAACCUGUGCCGGAAUACAAGGAGAAAUUACAAGGGAGCAUGGAUCGUUACUUUGGAAAAUUGGAAGUUGGGAGAGUGGUCUAUCGUGUUAAUUGGGCAAUAGCAACAAACGACUCUCUCUGCGAAGACGGCGAGUACCAUCUGUACGAAGGACAAGAAGUGUCCACAGAGACAGACAUCGAUAUCUCGAACUGUUGGGUGAGAUGUGAACUGCAGACUCUAUUCGCUCUUCCGAAGUCUGGUGGAAGGAUCUUAUCUGUGCAUUUGUAUUUGUAUCCAUUGCAGCAGAUCAAGGACGAAGGAUUGGGAGAAGAGUUGUGUGAGGCAAUUGAUGGGUUGAAGUUGGGUAAUGCGCCGUCGUUUUGGAGGUAUAAACGAGCACCUGUCUGGCAGGAAAAAGUGAAGGAAUUCCUUCGGGGCUAGCGAAGCGGGGUUAAUUUGCCCUGUGAUUAUCAAAUCAAUGGAAGGACAACCAUGCUUGAUACCAAAGCCUUUAAGAUGUCGUGUAUAGCUUUGAUCUUCGAACGUCGAAUGAAGAUGGGGAUGUGAACAGACUUGAGCCUAAAGACUUUCUCGCUUAAAUAGGGGUAGACGAAUGGUCAGGC